AUGGCUGCCAGAACUACAAAAAAACCUCCACUGGGCUCUCCUCAAGAGCACAUUGUAAUGUGUGAAACCCACGAUUCACCUAUUGAUGUUAUAUGUGAGGACUGUGAUGAAUUUAUUUGUGGCGAUUGUGCAAAAUCAGAUCAUAGAGAUCAUAACUGGAAAACCCUAACCACCGCAGCCAUUCAAAUGAGGAGGGGUCUCUUUAAAUUUCUGAAGAAGAUCAAGGAAGAAGAUCUGUCUGGGAUUGAUGAGAAGAUGGAGAAGGUGUCUAAACAGAUCACAAAAAAUGAAGAACAGUGUGACUCUGAGAUUAAAAAGCUUCAGAAGCAUUGUGAUGAGAUUAUGGCCAAACUGACAGAAAUCAGAAAACAACAUGAACAAACACUGAGAGGCGAUUUAGUUAAAAAGAAUGAUCAACUGAACCAUGAGAAAUCUGAAUUAGACAAGAAGAAGAGAGGAAUCGUUGACACAGUGGAAUUCAUGGAGGAGAAUAACAGCACCAUGUCAGAUUACAGCUUGAUUGACAACCACAGAGAACUGAGGAAAAUGCUGACAGAUCUAGAAUUGGAGAUUCAUACGACAAACUGUGUACAUUCAGUGAGGUUCACUAGAGGGGAAAUCAAUGAUGACUUACUUGAGUCUAUGAUUGGAAAAACUAUAGAUGUAGAUACAUGUAUUGACUUAACUCUAAUAACCUCAUUUCAAUAUGGAGAUAAAACAAUUGAUGUGCUGGAAGCAUUCAGUGAAGAAAAAUGUUUCAUAACAGAUAUUGUUUCAGAAUAUACAGAAAAAGUUACCAAGGAAGGAGCAAAAGAACAGAAAUUUAGUAUCAUUCCAAAUGACAUGUGUGUGACUGAUAACGGGGAUAUUUAUUUCACUGAUGGUGGUAACAAGUCCAUCAGCAACACCAUCCACUGUCUCAUGCCAUCAGGAACUUUGUCUAUAGUCAUCAGUACAAAUCCACUGGUACCAAUAGGAAUCUGUCAGUCAGUGGACGGUGGACUACUGGUCACCUUGAGAGACAAGGAAUCAGAUCUUUACAAAUUAGAGUCACACAGCAGACGUCUGGUGAGACACAUCACAGUGACAGGUGAUAUCAUCCAUGAGUAUGAGUACCAGGAGGACGGUCACACCAGACUAUUUACAUGGCCAGCCAGAGUCACACAGAACAGAAACAGUGAUAUCUGUGUUGUGAACCGAACAAGUCUCUCUACAGGUGAACUAGUGAUUAUGUCUCCCUCUGGUCGUAUGAAGUCUGUCUACCAUGGACAAAACCCAACAGAGGAGUUUAAACCAAUUGAAGUAGUGUGUGACUCUCACUGUAACAUUCUUGUUACUGACUUUCAUAACAAACAGAUUCAUCUGCUGAGUCCUGAUGGGGAGUUCCUGAAGUUCUUACUGACAGAGAAAGAAGUGAACUAUCCAUACUCACUGUCCCUGUACAAGUCUACAUUGUGGGUGGGGUACUGGGAAGGACUUGUUAAAAUCUUUCAGUACAAAUGGCAAAAUUUAUGA